CAUUUUGUUCCGACUCUCGUAGUCAUCCACUAAUAUCAUAUGAUAAGAAGGAUUAUGCCAUUUUUGGUUUCUCUAAUUCUUUUGAUAUAGAUGAUUGCCCAAACGAGCAUGGGCUCCUACAACACCAUAUCAAAUUUCCAACGCUUGCUUUCUUUCACCAAGCAAUUGACUUCCCACGUCAACCAAGGCAGCCAUGACAAAGCCCUCACCCUCUUCCACCACAUACAAACCUCACUCGCUCUCCCUCUCGACGCCCACGUCUUCUCUCUCGUCCUCAAGUCCUGCUCCGCCGUCCGUCGCCCCCAACUCGGCGCCGCCGUGCACGCCCACGUCACCAAAUCGUCGUUCCUCUCAAACCCUUUUGUGGCCUGCGCUCUCGUUGACAUGUACGGCAAAUGCGUCUCGCUUUGGGCUGCACGCCACUUGUUCGAUGAAAUUCCUCACAGAAAUGUUGUUGUGUGGAAUGCCAUGAUUUCGGUUUGUACCCGCAAUGCUGAUGUUGCUGAAGCUUUGAGGUUGUUUGAGGCUAUGGAUGUUGACCCUGAUGUGUCUACUUAUAACACCAUUAUAGCCGGAACGUCGGGGGUGGAUGAUGGGUUGUUUAGGGCUGUGGAGGUGUAUAGGAAAAUGUGCCAAAGAGGGUGGAAGCCGGAUUUGAUCACACUUCUUGCUCUGUUACGUGCUUGUGUUGGUGUAGCAGCUUUUAGGUUUAUUAAGGAAAUUCAUGGUUAUGAUGUAAGGAAUGGGAUUGACUCGCAUUCGCAGUUGAGUAGCGGUUUAGUAGAGGCCUAUGGGCGCUGUGGUUGUCUCGAAAAUGCGCAUAGUGUUUUCCGGGGUUUGAAGGAGAAGGAUGUGGUUGCGUGGAGCAGUUUGAUAUCAGUGUACGCGGUUCAUGGGGAGGCAAGAGCUGCAUUUGAUGUUUUUAGAGAAAUGGAAUCGGCGAAAGUGGUGCCUGAUGAGAUUACUUUUCUUGCGGUACUGAAAGCGUGUAGCCAUGCUGAAGGAUUAGCUGAUGAAGCACUGAGUUAUUUUGACUGUAUGCGUAAUUAUGGCGUCCAAGCAAACAGUGAUCACUAUUCUUGUUUAGUGGAUGUUUUGAGCAGAGCAGGGAGGUUAUGCGAGGCGUAUGAGGUCAUAAGGAAGAUGCCAGUGAAGGUCACUGCUAGAGCCUGGGGUGCCCUUCUUUCGGGGUGUAGAACUUAUGGAAACCUGGAGCUCGCGGAGAUAGCAGGGAAAGCUUUGUCCGAACUUGAGCCCGAUAAUCCUUCCCAUUAUUUAUUGUUGUCAACGAUUUAUGUUAGCUUAGGAAGGCAUGAUGAAGCUCAGAGAAUGAGAAGGGAAAUGAGGCAGAAAGGUGUGAAGGCACCGGUUGGAAGUAGUUGGAUGGUUCAAGAGUGAUAUUGUGGAUUAUUAGGUGUGGCGUGUGAGGCAGACCACACUUCUUCAAGAUUACCAGGUGUGGAAACUACUUAAAAGCCAAUUGAGAACCUACAUGACGGUGCAAUACUCUGCAGCAGUUUGUGAUGUUGAACACUGCCCCAAGAAGUAUAUGAUCGGAGAUGAGAGUGGAGAACAAGUAUUUUUGGGAGAAUUCAGACAAUUUGGAAAGGAUUUCUGUUGUCUGUAUAGAUGUCUUGCCUACAAAUCAACCUCAAAAAUUAAAUUGCUGUAUACUAAAGCUACUGAUAUAGUCCUAAAUUUUUUAUAUGAUCUUCAUCGUUACUACAUUA